AUGUCGUCGCUAUCGCAGCUGCCCCUUCCCGCCGAGCUCAUCCACGAAGUCAUCCGCCACCUCCACGACUCGAGCGACUGUCCCACAUGUUUACAGACCGAUCUUUCGGCCAUCUGCUCUUCGUCCAGUAUUCUCAGCGCCAUCGCAACCCCGUACCUCUACGCGAAUCCCGUCCUCGUCUCAUCUCACGACGAUGACAGUGAAGAGAGCUCGUCUUCCUACGAGCGCCGCCUCUUCGCCCUCCAGCAGACCGUUUCUAAAACCUCAGCACUCGGUGCGCUGGUCCAGCACCUGCAGUUCUCGCACGAGCAGCCCACGACCGCUACCCUCUGGAAAGAUGUCGUCUCCGCGACGCCUCACCUGCGCACACUGAGCGGCGUCGAGACCUUUUUUCCCGACGCGGACGAGGAGGAGUUCGACAGCGAUGCCGCUUCAUCCUCCUUCGCAGCGCUCUCGGGCCUGACACGUCUCCAAACCGCCGUUGUCCACGACGAAACCCUCACCGACCUGUCGCUGGCAUCGCUCUUCGCCUCGUGGCCCUCCCUCGAAACACUCGCGCUGGGCAGCGUCAUCGCCGACGACAGCCGGUACUCUGACCUCGCUACCCUGUCUCGCACCAAGCUGAAGCACCUAUACUUCACGGACUUCGACCUGGACUACACGCGCCCUUCGGAGCGCGACGACGCGCUCGCCGCCUUGCCCCCGCUCAAAACACUGAGCAUCGACUACACAUUCGGCUUCACGCUUCUUAGCGUAUCGCGCUUCCUGUCACAGAGCCCCCUCCACGCCGCACGGCUACGCAACCUGGAGUUCCGCCGUCAAAUGCGCAAAGACAAUACCCUGUCGGACCUGUCCGCCACGCUCGCCGCCGCGCCAAACCUACAGUCCCUCGACGUCGCGCUGUCAGUAUACUCCAAAGACGAGUCCGCGACGCACUACUACUCGCUCGACGACCUGCCGCUGCUGCAGUCCACUUCGCUGCGCGCGCUGUCGUACUCCACAAUCUACGCGACCCCCGACCUUGCCAUAGCCGACAGCGGCGACGACUUCGAGCGACUGCUGAUCGCGUCGCUGCCCGCCCUGCCGAAGCUCGAGAAGCUGUGUGUCGGCACCGUAGUCAAGACCCGCGAGGACGCGCUGGGUGUGAACAUGUGGACCGCGCUUCGUGACGAGGUGGAGAGGGUGGGCAGCGUGCUCACUACCGACCCCGAGGCGCUCGGGAAAGGCGGGAAGCGCGUGCUCCUCGUCGUCGAGGACGAGGUCAAGAUGGAGAUGGCGGCGGAGCGGAUGAGUGAGCUGAAGAGGGGCCUGGGCAGGGGCGGCGUUGUCUGCGCCGUUUCCGGUCCGGAGGAGGAGUGUGUCGACGAGGAGGGGCUGGAGGGCGAGAAGGAGUGUGCCGGGGAGGAGGUGUAG